GGACGCUUUUCCUCGUCGGACCGCUAACAUGGCGGCUUUUGAAAGUGUCAGUGAAGAGAAGUGAGGCGAAAUUGGUUAAUUACACAAGCGGGAAGCUUUAUUAAUUAAAAGCCGAGGGACGUUUGAAAGCAUGGGGUUGAUAAGACACGUCGUGUGCGCCAUGUCCGGCGGCGUUGACAGCUCUGUGGCGGCGCUGUUACUGAAGAGGAGAGGCUACAACGUGACUGGAGUCUUCAUGAAGAACUGGGACUCCCUGGAUGAGAGUGGGGUCUGUAUUUCGGAGAAGGACUGUGAGGACGCCUACAAAGUGUGUCAGAUCCUGGACAUCCCGUUCCAUCAAGUGUCCUAUGUCAAAGAGUACUGGCAUGAAGUUUUCAGCAAUCUGCUGAAGGAAUAUGAGAAGGGCAGGACACCGAACCCAGACAUACAAUGCAACAAACACAUCAAAUUCAACCAUUUCCACAAGUACGCCAUCAACACUCUGGGUGCUGACGCCAUUGCGACAGGCCACUACGCCAGGACGUCGCAGGAGGACGACGAGGUUUUCCAGCAGCUGCACAAAGCCCCGCCGACCACACUCUUCAGAGACCGAUUCGAGAUCCGAAAUCCUGUGAGGUUGCACAAAGGUGCCGAUCUCCUCAAGGACCAGACCUUCUUCCUCAGUCAGAUCUCCCAGGAUGCCCUGAGGCAGACCAUGUUCCCCCUGGCCGGACUCACCAAAGAGUUUGUGAAAAAGAUGGCUGCCGAGGCGGGGUUUCACCACGUGCUGCAGAAGAAAGAGAGUAUGGGCAUCUGCUUUAUUGGAGAGAGAAAAAACUUUGAAAAGUUCAUUUUGGAGUAUGUAGAACCAAAACCGGGAAACUUCGUCUCCAUUGAGGACGGGACUGUCAUGGGAACACACAGAGGUUGGUUCACCGUGACCCUGGGCCAGAGGGCGAGGAUAGGAGGACUGAAAGACGCCUGGUUUGUGGUGGACAAAGAUAUUGCUACUGGAGAUGUGUUCGUGGCUCCCACCACCAACCACCCGGCUCUUUUCCGCGACACGGUCCGAACGGACCGCUUCCACUGGUUGGCCGUCGACCCGCCUCCUGAACUCGUCAGGACCCAGAUGAUGGAGUGCCACUUCCGUUUCAUCCACCAGAUGCCGCUGGUUCCCUGCACGGUAACUCUGAACAUGGACGGCUCUGUGUGGAUUUCACUCUCACACUCGGUCCGAGCUCUGACGCCUGGACAGUUUGCUGUGCUCUACAAAGGGGACGAAUGUCUGGGCAGCGGGAAGAUCGUCCAGCUGGGCCCCAGCGAAUACACGCUCCAGAAGGGCCGCGAGCGCAUGGCAGCGGCUACGCGGGCCGAAGAGCAGCCCAGCCCUCAACCAGCCAGCUGAGAUCACCUCACAGUCUGACUCUGGUACACUACAAAGAGCACCCACAUGAGCACUUGGUGAUAUUGAGUCUCUGGGUGGAGGCCGCAAAGGUGUUUUUGUCUCAACAGAAGGAGGCUCGGUUCUCAGCUGAGACUCAAUGGUGAUAAGAUGAAAAAGUAACUAAUGAAAAUAAUUUUAAGUAUUUUACUUGUAGGAUAACAGAUCUGCACCAGCACCUCAGCGGUAGCUUUCAGGUAUGAUGUGUGAGUGAUUGUUUAUACAGCUCUCCAUGCAUGUACAUGCACCUCACCUAUUUGAGUGAUUACCAUCAUGGCGUUUAUUGUGUUUUCGAGUUAAUGGAAAUUAUGAGACGUCACUUACUUGAAAAAAUGGACGACAUACCUCGGUCUCAAGGGCUUAUCAUCCAAGAAGGUUUCACAAAGGCACGUCGGCCACCCCGGGGGGGAGGGGCUGCUUCGUACAUCAUGCCGAUGAGGUGUGCGGCUUAAAUCAAGAACACGGAGCUCAGUGGAAAUCUGUGUGACUUGUCUGACGAAAGGAUCUCUGUGUCCCACCCUUGUUGGGAUAAGUGUGCAAAUAUUGACUGUGCUGACAAUGAAAUGCACCAUUUAAAAAAAAAAAAACAUUUUCCAACAUACUUCCCUCGAAUAUCUGAAAUCUGCUUGUUGCACACUCCUGGGUAAUGUUUUGUUGCUCAACCACCAGAAAUGGUGGAAGGAGAAACCAAAGCCAAGAGCAACAAGCAGCCAUUAUGAGAUUUCUCUCUCGGUGGAAAAUGAAUAGGUUCCUCUCCUUGCAUCCUGCCCAGCUUUUAAAUCGUCUGUAUUCUGUGUAUUUUUUUUAAAAAAAAAGUACACAGCUUUCUUUUGCUGUAAUAACAGAAAAGCUGCUAUUAACGUGGAGGAGAAGAGUUUUAGGAUGCUCUGAUGGAGUUGUCCAUCAGCGGGGCUUCGUUUUCGGCCUAAAUUAUAAGAAAAAUAACUCGUAUUUAUUCUCUUAUAACGCCAUAUUUGUUUUUAUAUCAUACUUGGUUGCACAAAUUCACAUUUGAUUGGUGAUUCAAAUUUAGUUCAGCUGUUCAAAAAUAAGUAGACACUAAAAUGUCUAAACAUUAUUGCUGUGUAAUACUGUACAGAGUGUUCCUUCUGUAGAUUUACUACAAAAACUAUUUUUAAAAAGUGCCUUUAUAUAGGUCUGUGUGAUGCACUCAGAUUUUAAACCAUAAACUGUUCAUGAAAAUUGAAAAUAAAGACAAUAACUUGUG